AUGCGCGAGAUGCGGGGAAUGGGCUUAUACAAACAGUGGCUUGCACAUCGCCUAAUCUCUGGUUUGCUGGGGUUCGAUCAAUACAUCCAUUUCACAGCACUGCUCGCAAUGUCGACGCUGUUGCUCGGCUGCGAACCAGACUUCCGGAUCGCGGGUCGACUUCGAAAGCCUCUCUAUCCUAAGUUCGUUGGGCACAAGGUGGGUGACGUAGAACGCGAUCUGCACAAAGGAAACACCGCAGCCGAUGCCGGGUGA